AUGAUUCCCAGGGAGCCGAGAACUAUAUUUUCAUCCAACCUCGCUACUUCCUUAAUGUCGACACCUAGUUCCUCGAGGAAGCUCAUUGUUCUUUUUGGAAUCGUUCCUCGAGAACCAAACCAGAGGCCUCUUACGGUGAACUCUCUCUCUCCGAAGAAUGCACUCAGAUAUCUGGGGCACAUUCCUCCUGCAGCCCUGGCCAGAAUGAGGGUGCGAUACCUCGACGAAAUUAAUAUACCCCCACGUGACGAAAAUUUAAUUCUGAAAGUUGAUGAAACGCUGAGGAAUCUUGCCGGUGGAAUACUAUCGCAUGAAGUCAUGGAAGGUAUCUAUCAUACCUAUUUCCAUGGUGUAAACUUCAAUACUGUAGUCUUGCAGAGGUACCUGCAGCUCCUAACUCCUUCCAUUCGCUCGUGGACUGUCACUCUUAAUAUAACCUAUUCGAGUGUGAAACGGAUUGAUCCCAACAACUACACAUUGAAUUCUUGGAUCGAUGUUACUAAUGCGAAUUCCAGAACGGAGCAGAGACAUCCGGAUACAGCUCCCUCCAUUCAUGAUAUUCAGAAACAGCGGGUAUACGUUUCCUAUAUCCCCCCUUUCUGCCAUUCAAAUGUAUUGGACGUUCCGAAUCCCGCUCCACCGCUCCCUGGAACAGCUUACUGA